GCGGCCGAAUAGCGGAUAGAGCAGAGACACAUGGUACAGAUUGUAAACAUAACCCUAAAAUGACAUACUUAUGAGAAAUUUAAAUAAUGUCUGAUUACGACAGAUCAAAAUUUUAUGGGAAGAAAAAAUUUCCGAAUCGAGAAAGUAACAAUUUUGGAAGCCGAUUUUUCAACAGCAAGACUUCCACCACAAAAGAAUCAGAUAAGGUUGACGACAAACCUAAAAGUAUUAAGAAAACUACGAUUUUGGCUCGUGAACACCAUGCAGAAGAGCGUUCGGUCUCGCCAAAGCCAGUCAUACGUGAAAGCGACUCCACACCAUCGAUCGCCAUUUCCGCAUCUCUACAUUCCGAAUCAUCCAAACAACAUUUAGCCAAAAAAAUCGUAAAGUGUGUGAAGCUACUGGACGAUGGCGUUAUUUGCCCGGAAAAUGUCCAAGAUUACUUGCAAGAAAACGACGAUUAUCUUGUUGUUGGAAUCGUAGGUAUGCAAGGUGUCGGAAAAUCAACUAUUUUAAAUCUCCUCGCUCAUAAUUCCAUUAGUAACGACUUGAAAAGGUCGAUAUUCAAAUAUUCAGAGGACUCGAAAGAAAAUGUACCUGAAUUUGACGUGACUGUAAACGAAUCGGAUUGCAAAAUCAAGGUGGACAAUGUGAUAUUUAAACCACAAGGUGCUGCCGACAUCGCUAGCAAUUCUAAUGGUACAAGUGGAAUUGAUUUUUUUAUUACUCAGAAUAGAAUUAUUUUUUUGGACUGUCAACCUUUCAGUUCCGUGGCAGUGCUGGAUGAUUUUAUACGUAGUGAGGCAAAGGUGUCGAGUAUGGUUAAUGACUUUUUACCUUUGGAAAAUAGUGGUGAAAUUCAGGGAUUGCAGAUGACUGCUUUACUUAUGUCUAUUUGCCAUGUUUUAAUUUUGGCUCAAGACUGGUUUUUUGAUAGUAAUGUUAUCCGGUUUCUACAAACAGCAGAAAUGUUGAAGCCGACUAUAUCAAAUCCAGAGGACGAACUUGUGGAUCAUUUUCCUCAUUUAAUAAUCAUCCAAAAUAAGGCUCAAAUGGAAGAUUUUUCUCCAAAAAAGUUCAAGCAAAUGCAGCAGAUGUAUAGAACGCUAUUUAACAAAUCAAAAAUGCAUUUAGAAUCCGGCAUGGGUCUUGGAUCUGGCAGAAUUAUGAACAGUUUAUCUCCAAAUAAUUGUGGUGAUCCGAUUAAUUUGUUCCUCAUACCAGAGUAUAACGAAAAGACAGAUGAAGUGUAUAAAGGCCACCCGUCGCUUGAAGAUCUCGUCAAGAAGUUGCGUUCGAAUAUACUCGGCGCCACUAAAUACCAUUUGAACAAUACAAGUGAGAAGCAUUGGCUCGUUUAUUGCUCGAAAGUGUGGGAUCAUGUGAAGAAGAGUAAUUUUUUUGUCGAGUACACAAAGUUAAUGCCAUAAUUGUAACUUAUUUGUUGUAUAAUUGAAAAUUGUCACUAGGCAUCGGACGGAUUUAUUAAGUGGUUCAUUUCCUGACUGUUAUAUGUUUAGUAAAAAAAACACUUGUUGCAA